UUGUGGACUCUAAAAAUAUCCAUUCCCAUGAUAAAUACUGUGAAGACCACCGCUCAAGGCAUUCUUAUGGUUCAAUCAGUUCACUGAUUAGUACUAGUGUUGCAGAAGAAAUUUUAAGCUAUAAUGGCAGAGGUAUUGAAGUCUGUUGGGUUUGGUUUAACUAGGGUUCUUGUUAUGGUGGUUGUCUUCCUUAACGUUGUGUUAGUUCGAGGAUAUAUACAUAGACACACUUUUGUCACUGAAGCCACACCUGUAACAAGGCUCUGCAAGAGGCAUAACAUAAUAACAGUAAAUGGGCUAUUCCCUGGACCAACUCUGCAUGUUAGGAAUGGGGACACUCUUAUAGUGCAAGUUUAUAACAGAGCAAAAUAUAAUGUCACCAUUCACUGGCAUGGAGUGCGGCAGUUUCGCACAGGGUGGUCUGAUGGGCCUGAGUUCAUUACACAAUGUCCCAUUCGGCCCGGAGGGAGUUACACCUACAAGUUCACCAUUACUGGUCAAGAAGGUACUCUCUGGUGGCAUGCACACAGUUCAUGGCUCAGAGCUACUGUUUAUGGCGCCUUGAUCAUCUAUCCAAGGAUCGGAACUUUCUAUCCCUUUACCACGCCACACCGAGAGACUAUAAUUCUUCUUGGUGAAUGGUGGAACAGAAAUCCCAUUGAUGUUGUUAAUCAGGCAACACGAACAGGAGCUGCACCCAAUGUGUCUGAUGCUUUUCUGAUUAAUGGCCAACCUGGAGAUCUUUAUCCCUGUUCAAGACGUGAUACAUUUUUCACGUCAAUUUACAAUGGGGAGACCCAAAUGUUGCGCAUUGUCAACGCUGCACUCAAUACGGAGCUCUUUUUCACGAUUGCAAACCACAAGAUGACGGUAGUCGCAGUGGACGCCGGCUACACCAAGCCCUUCCGAACAAAAUACGUCAUGCUGGGACCGGGGCAAACAACCGACGUGAUAAUCCGUGGAAGCAGAAGCCGCAGGGGAAGUUACUACAUGGCCGCCCGCGCAUAUUCAAGCGCUCAGGGAGUGCCCUUCGACAACACAACAACAACCGCCAUUCUUCGCUACGCUACGCAACGAACCCCACCAGUCAUGCCGAUUCUCCCACCUUACAACGACACCAGAACAGCCACUUACUUCUCCCGGGGCCUCCGCAGCUUGGGCGAUCGGGAACACCCAGUCUUCGUCCCCAAGACAGUAAGCGAAAACCUCUUCUUCACCGUCGGCCUCGGUUUGCUAAACUGCCCGCGGAACCGCCGCUGCGGAGGACCAAAUGGCACCCGGUUUGCGGCCAGUAUGAACAAUUUCUCUUUCGUUUUGCCAUCUUCUUCUUCCAUUUUGCAGGCCCAUUAUUUCCGUCAAAAUGGAGUCUUUACCACAGAUUUCCCAGAUAACCCUCCUGUACGAUUUGAUUACACUGCACAGAAUGUGAGCAGGAGUCUUUGGUCUCCCGUUAAGGCGACGAAGGUGAAAGUUCUUAAGUUCAAUACGGCGGUGCAGGUUAUUCUUCAGGGAACCAACAUUUUUGCUGCUGAGAACCAUCCAAUUCAUCUUCAUGGUUAUGAUUUCUAUAUUGUGGGAGAAGGCUUUGGAAACUAUAAUCCGCGUACAGACCCUCAGAAUUUCAAUUUGAUUGAUCCUCCUCAACGUAAUACUGUUGCUGUUCCUGUAAAUGGGUGGGCUGCCAUCAGAUUUGUGGCAGACAAUCCAGGAGCUUGGUUGAUGCAUUGCCACCUCGAUGUGCAUAUAACGUGGGGAUUGGCCAUGGUUUUUCUUGUGGAAAACGGGCCAAGUUAUUGGACAAGCAUAGAACCUCCACCUCGAGAUCUGCCCAGAUGCUGAUAUGAUCCUAAAGUAAUCUCCAGUCAUAUAUUCUUCUAUGGUUUUCUUUUUGGGCAUUUUUUUCCUCUUUCUGGGUGGCCUGGUUUGUUUGGAGCAUUGUAGUUAUUUUGUCCUUCGAUGAUAAGUCGUGACAGAAAGAAGCUUUUAUGAGCAGUCAUGGCAUACUGCAAUAUUGAUAAAUAAAAUAAGCGGACGACAGAUUUUAAUUGUAAUUUGUUUCAUUGCUCUGGGUGGCUUAGUUUGUUUGGAGUGGUAUAGUUAUUUUGUCCUUCGAGGAUAAGUCGUGACAGAAAGAUGCUUUUAUGAGCAGUCAUGGCAUACAGUAAUAUGGAUUAUAUAAAAUAAGGGGACGACAGAUUUUAAUUGUAAUUUGUUUCUGUGAAAAAGCAAUGACAGAAACUAUUUUUUA